AUGGUGAUUCACCUUCCUUGUGGUGUUCUCCAGCUUGCUGAUUAUUCCUGUGAGAAAGCCCUGUGUGAAUACUCGAACUGCUUGCUGCUCUUACCUCCCAGUAACAUUGCAAUGAGGCGCGAUGUCCAAGAGGGCCAGGCUCGGUGCUUAUCUCGUCUAGGAAGGCACCAGGAGGCUCUGGAUAUUGCAGAAAAAAUGAGAAACGACGCUACUAACACAGAUCACUUAACGACAGUUCUCAGCCUUCAGUUUGCCAUUUACCAGGGUCUGGAAAAUGUAGAAAAAAAGAUCACAUGUCUGCAGCACCUGAUCUGCCUACAUCCUUUCAACCCGUGGUACUGGAAGUUACUUGCUGAAGCUUACAUGAGCCUUUUACAGCAUGUGUCUCCGUUAGUCAUUCCAGAAACAAAGCUCAGUCGGUCUGAAGAGGUCAGUGUAAGUGACAGCGGAUCCAACACAUCAACUGGAAGAGAGAUUGAUUUGCAGCCUCACGGGUCAGAGGGGCAGAAAGAAGGCUCUUGGUCCAGCCGUGCUGCAGGAACAGAGAGGGAGGAUGCAGUGACUUGUAGCAGCAGCCAGGCUGUCAAAGAAUUCGUCUGCACUUCGGAAGACCCGGAAAGGACGGACAAAGGGAAUCGUGCAGCCUCCGAGUCCUGGGAGCAGAACAUUGGGAUAAAGGCAUGUGCUUCCUUCAUUAGAGCAAGACUUUUACUUCAGCUCACCCAGUCGCAGCUGUCGUCCUUUGUCCUGGAGAAUAACGUAAAAGGUCAGAAAGAAAUUGAUGACAGAGUGGCACAACUUGGUUUCACUGAGAACUCUGUGCUGCUGGUGACCGAGGUUAUGGGGCAGGAUCUUAUACCAGAAAAACUAAAAGAGGAGUUUCAGGGUGAGGUGAAAUGCAUAGGCCCUUCAGCGCUGUCGUCGUUGGUAACUGCAUCAGCCACAGAAUUUGAGAUCAAAUGGUUCGGUAAUCUCCAAGAUGAUUUACGUCACUUUGACAGACAUUUCUGUUCAGAUACAUAUCUCCCAUCUCCAGUGAAUUCUGAAACUCUAAGAUACUGCCUAGGGAACUUGUCUCUAACUCUUGGUGUGGUGCAGCCCCCUGCUAAGUUGACUGUGAAACCUCUCCGGAAAAAUGUGGAGUAUUGCCUACAGCCACGUCAGAUUAUCUCUGAUAGUUUGGUGACUUGA